AUGGUGCACAAACCAAAGACCCGAACUGGCUGCCAAGCAAAGUUGUCAGUGAACUUGGACAAGAAUGAUAAUAACUGGAAGGUAAGGAAAGUAGUGACGGAGCACAAUGAUGAAUUAGCACCUAUUGGGAUGGUACACUUGAUAGCGAGUCACCGUGAAUUAAAUGAGGCAGCAAAGGCGCAGAUAGAUGGGAUGCAUGCGCAUGGAAUCGCAACAUCGAAGAUAAUGGGAUAUAUGGCUGGUGUGGCCAAAGGAUACUCCUUGCUUGGGUUCUUGAAGAAAGAUGCAUACAAAUAUGCUAACAAGGUGAGGCGGGCAAAACUAGUAGAUGGUGAUGCGACUGCAACCCUAAUAUAUCUGGAAGGAAAGGCUGGUUCGGACCUAAUGUCAGUUGCAAGGUACAGCAUGACUGCCAAUGAAAGGCUGAGGAAUUUGAUAUGGGCUGAUGGUCCAAGCCGAUUGGACUACCAAUACUUUGGCGAUGUGUUAGCCUUCGACUCUACUUACAAGAAAAACAAGUAUAAGAGGCCUGUUGUUAUUUUCUCUGGUACGGAAAUUGAUGAAUUUGAGGCGGAUUGGGAGGAUGCGAUUGAGGACUUUGGGUUGAAGCAUAGUUUGUGGGCCAACCAAAUGCAUGAGAAGAGAAAAAUAUGGGCAAAUGCAUACCUGUGUGAGAAAUUUUGUGUGGGAUUUCAAAAAACAUCACGCUAUGAGGGGAUUAAUGCAUUCGUCAACAAGUUCUCCAAGUCAACCCACGGUAUACUUCAGAUGAUCCAGAACUUGGAACUAGUUGUCUGCGAAUAUAGAAACAAGAAAAUUCUCCUCUAUUUCAACUCCAUAUACACAGUGCCUGUGAUGACCACUUGUCUUAAAUCAAUCGAGUCUGUUGCCGCAAGGGUGUAUAAUAAGGAGGAGUUUUCGGAUGUGAAGAAGGAGAUAGAAAAGGCUGGAGUUGUUAAUCUAGGCUUCGGCCAGUGUAAUAUUUGGCGUAAAAAUGGUUAUCCUUUUAGGCAUAUGUUAUUCGUGAUGAAAGCUGAACACCUUGCAGAGAUUCCAGAACCCUUAGUUCUGAAGGGAUGGAGAUUGGAUGGAAAAUCUCUGGACAAAUAUGUUGAGAAUUGGGAAGAGUCAAGUGAGAGGGGUUAUUUACUAUGCCAUGGUGCACUAUAUUCUACAUCACAGUGGCUGUUUUUUCUUGUGACGCAUAACUUAGCGAUGUUUCACAAGGCAAUGGAUAGAAUAGUUAGCCUGUGUGAAAUGCUAAAGGCAAAUUAUAAGUUUUGCACUUCAGGAAAUGGGAUAAAGGAUGCGAAGGGUGUUGUUAAGGAGAGGUUGCGAAAUCAAAAGGAGCAUCAAAGAUAA